UGGAGUUUUCUUCCUCAAAUAUGUCACAUCAUCCCAGCCAGCUUCAGCCAUCUUGUUUGAUUCCAAAUAAAGCGCAGCAGAAAUAUAAUUCAGAAACCAUCAAAUAUGCCACUCAGGCUUUUCAACCGAUCACUUUUACAAUGGAGAUAUUAUAUCUAUCAUAAAAUCGCCUUUUAUAAAGGAUUUAGCAGAAUUAACACUUCACUGUUCAUCAGGCCAUCAUUAGCAACCAAUUAUCUCCCAAGCAGACGAUUCUGCGAGUCAUCAAAUGCUGGCAGUGUUACUAAGAGUAGGGUCGGCUCACUUAAACCAAGACUGCAGCUACUAUAUACUUGUAAUGUGUGCCAGACCCGAUCUACCAAGCAGUUUUCAAAGCAGGCUUAUGAUAGCGGAGUGGUCAUUGUGAGGUGCCCAUCUUGUAAAAGCCUUCAUCUUAUAGCUGAUAAUCUGGGUUGGUUUGGAGAUCAGAAACAGAAUAUAGAAACAAUAUUGGCUGAAAAAGGUGAAGUUGUGAAAAGAAUGACUGAAGAAAAUAAGGACACUUUUGAACUGACUCUAGAAGAGAUUGCUGGAAAGGAAAUUUUCUGAAAAUAAGAUUAAUUGGUUGUGUAAAUUAAUUUAAUUUGUUGUGAAAAAAGAUAAAGCAUUA